GUUCAUGAAUUUUGUGCCUCAAGAGUUGUCUACCCAAAUAGGGCUGUCUGGUCAAGCUAGCUCUGAGACUAUCUGCCUGUUUAGGUAACAAUAAUAAACUAUUAACAGUUAUAACAAGUGUACAACCAGCUAGCUACGUGUGUUCACCUACUGUGCAGAAUUGUGUGUUGUGCAUGAGAGCCUUGUAUCUAGAUACUAUAGCCUCAACUAUACAGUUACUAUAGAGCUGCACACACGACAUGAAUCAAGAGUCUAUUGCUAUUAAACUGUGUGUUGUGGUUAAAUUCCAAGGCCUAGUGGCUGACGUAUACAGAUAUGAAGCUAUCAGAGAUAUUGCAAGCGUUUCAUGGCCUCGAGGCGUGUGAUCGUGUGGACCUCAUCUGUCGAAUGCUACGUCACUGUCUGGCAUUUGAAUCUCGAUUCCUCGGUACCGUAUUAUUAGACGCCUCUAAAGAGCAUUACAAAUCGCAAGUGAAUAAAAUUGAGAUACAUGCCAACAGAGUGAGCUACUACAAGCCCUUCCAAGAGUCAGGCCUCUCUCACCAAGUAUGUCUCAAACUGUGCAGUUCUCUGUCUGUUGUGCAUUCGGAUAAUCGACCUGUGGCUGAGGUCGUAUUCCAACUACUCAACGAUAAGAAAGUGCUGACGUUUUUUGAGGAUUGCAAUGAGCUCAAAGUGCUGAAGGAUUUCCGACUCCUCUACGUGAUGGCUGUGAAUCACCCUGCUCUCUCAUUCAACCAGCGUCAGCUACUCAUGUACACAUACCUGCAACGAAUGGACCUGCUCUUUAUAGAGAAGUCAAAGUACUCCUUCUCUGGAAGCUUCUCAGGAUCUGUGGAGAAAUCUUUGACUGGUGAUCCAGAAAGCUCGAGAUAUCCACCGGAGAUGCAGUUCAGCUCUCCUGCUCCUGAUGCCUACAUCACUCGGUGUGACGUGCACAGUGUGUAUCGAAGGUCAGGGGACAAACGCUACGUGUACAUGGUCCAGGUGGAGUGGUCGGAUGGAGCUACCUACACUGUGAGGAGGACCUAUGGAGUUCUUCUCAUUCCAGACAAAAUUACUGGACUUGUUCCCUGAGGAGGGUGGUCAGAAGGGCAAGAAGCAUCCUCGCAUGAUCCCCUAUCUCCCUGGCAAGAACUAUCAGCGCUUCCUCAAGGGCAGAGAAACAGCCGAGAAGAGGCUACCAGAGCUGCACAGAUACUCAAAUGGCCCAGUUCAUGCACGUGCUGAGACAGAGGAUCCAGCUGGGGGCCACUGAGUCCAUCUACCUCAUGGUCAAUGGCCUCACUCCCACCACCAGCUCGAGCAUGUCUGUGAUCUACCAGGAGCACAAGGAUGAGGACGGGUUCGCGUACAUGGCCUACAGUGGAGAGAACAGUAUGGGCUGAACUCAAGAGACACUAUGAACACUGUAUAGCAAUGUACUCUACCCCCCCCCCCCCCCCCCACUAGCCUCGUUCCCAAGAGUCGACCUAGCGUUCAAUUGGAGACGGAUCGGCCUGGGAUCGAGGCUACCCCCCCCCACACACACACACACACACACACACACACCACACAGGAGUUGAAGUGUUUCCUGCCCACAGGACCUGACCCACCAGCACUGGACCCAGAGGCAGAGGAAGUGGAUAUGAUAGAGAGUGAGGGGACGAGGGUAGUGGGCGGGGCACAAGGGGGUGGAGCCAUAUACGAUGAAGAUGAGGAGGAUGAAGGAGUGGGCGGGGCACAGAGGGUGGGCUGCUCUCAACAGUGACACUCUUAGGAACUCUAUAUUCACCGCUUUGAUUGUAUUUAUGGACUGGUUUUGUGGUUACUGCUAUUGUUCUAAUUAUGUGAAUAACGUUUGCCCAUACCAC